AUGAGUUUCUCGGGUAGACGAGUGUCCUCCUUGCGGUCUGCUUUGCAUAGUAGUGCAGACGGCCGUCGAUUCUCUCUUCAUCCAGAAGAUGAGCGCAGUUCAAGUCCCCAUCGGGCCUUGAGAGCUCACCCUUCGCAUAAAGCUCACGCGGGACUCGACACCACCAGAGCCAGCACGGGUGUAAUCUGGUGUACGGAGCAAGCUUCCAAGCAUGGAUUCCUCGAUGAGCCUCACAAAUGGGCCAAUCUGGGUCAAGGCGCACCGGAAGUUGACGACGAUAUCGAAGGUUGCUUCCCUCGCCCGACCUCAAUUCCCUUGACACUGAACGGACGAGAAUAUGGCCCCACCGCGGGUAUCAAGCCUCUUCGAGCUGCUGUCGCAAAGCUAUACAAUGACAACUAUCGCCAGGGCAAGGAUAGUCAAUACUCAUGGGAGAAUGUGUGUAUCGUGCCAGGAGGAAGAGCCGGAUUAAUCAGAAUCGCCGCUGUUUUGGGGAAUGCCUAUCUGGGCUUCUUCAUUCCCGACUAUACGGCCUACAACGAGAUGCUGAGCCUGUUCCGUAACUUUGUGGCCAUUCCCACCCCGCUGUCUGCCGCCGAUGGGUAUCACAUCCACGCAGAUAAAAUUGCCGAAGAGUUGGCGCGUGGAACGUCGGUGAUCUUGACAUCAAAUCCUCGUAACCCCACCGGCCAUGCCUUGCAUCCCGAGGAGCUCGCCUUGAUCCAGGACAUUUGCCGAGACAGGGCCACUUUGAUCUUCGACGAGUUCUAUGCUGGUUACAACUACAAUUCAGAUUGUGAUGGCAACACCAUCUCGGCUGCAAGUAAUGUCAUCGAUGUCGACAGGGACGACGUCAUCCUGAUUGAUGGUCUCACAAAGCGGUUUAGACUUCCUGGCUGGCGAGUCGCUUGGAUUGUCGGUCCUAAAGAUUUUAUCAACGCUCUGGGCUCCUGCGGAAGCUAUCUUGAUGGUGGCACCAACGUCCCGUUCCAAGAGGCGGCCGUCCAGAUGCUCGACCCUCCCAAGGUCAAAGAAGAGAUGAAGGCACUGCAAAGCCACUUCAAGAAGAAGCGUGAUUAUGUCCUCGGCCGAUUGAAGGACAUUGGCUUCAAUCUGGGUGAUCAAGCCGUGCCAGACAGUACAUUCUACAUCUGGCUGGAUCUCACCACAUUGAACCCCCCACUGCCAAAGAACAGUGUCAUCGACAUCUCCAACGGUCUCUCUUUCUUCGAUGCCCUCCUCCAAGAAAAGACCAUUGUCGUGCCUGGAAUUUUCUUCGACCUCAAUCCAGCCAAGAGACGAGACUUGUUCGACAGUCCCUGUCACCACUUUGUUCGAUUAAGCUAUGGACCGAAGAUGGAUGUUAUCAAGAUGGGGCUUGACGGAAUUGAGAGGGUCGUGAAACGUGCCAGGGGCGAGUUUGGGCAAUACGACAGUGCCAUUCACGAUGAACCUGAGUCCAAGAGUCCGCGAAGCCCUGUGCAAUUCUGGAAAGGAAAAGCACAUGAGGAACGCUUCCAUUGA